AUCUUUCUUCAGCCUCCCUCUCAAAUCUCAAUCCCACACCGCUCCCAAUCGCUUUACAAAGUUGUAAUCUUUCUCUCUACCCAGAUCAAAUCGGAUCAAAUCGUUAUUGAGUUUUGAAUUUCGCGUACUGCUAUUAUGGCUUCAUCAAGAACCGCAACCAAGGAUAUCAUCACUCUCCGUGGCUCUGCCGCCAUUGUCAGCGAGUUUUUUGGCUAUUCAGCGAACAGCAUUUUGUACAAUCGAGGAGUUUACCCUGAAGAGAGUUUUGUUAAGGUCAAGAAAUAUGGGCUGCCUAUGUUGCUCACUCAGGAUGAGGGCCUCAAAUCUUUUCUGGCCAAUUUGACUUCUCAGCUAUCUGAAUGGCUGGAGUCUGGUAAGUUGCAGAGGGUUGUUCUGGUGAUCAUGAGCAAGGCUACUAAUGAGGUUCUAGAGAGGUGGAACUUCAGCAUUGAGACUGACAGUGAGGUUGUCGAGAAGGGUGUUUCGAGGGAAAAGAGUGACAAGGAGAUUAUGAGGGAGAUUCAAGCCAUUAUGAGGCAGAUUGCAUCUAGCAUUACUUACCUGCCAUGCCUUGAUGAACCUUGUGUUUUCGAUGUUUUGGCAUACACUGAUAAGGAUCUUCAAGUCCCAUUCACUUGGGUGGAGAGUGACCCCAAACUGAUAGCCAAUCCACAAAUGGUGAAACUGCAUUCCUUUGACACCAAGAUUCACAAGGUUAACACUCUAGUAUCCUACAAGAAUGACGAAUGGGAUGAGGAAUAGGAUGCCGUUUGUCCUAGACUUUGGUGUUGUGAAUCUUUCAGUUCACAUUUUGUUAAUAGUUGGAAAGUUGGUGGUUGAUGUACUAGUAUUAUUUGCAAGAUGUUCUCAGUAACAUGAAUAUUAUCAA